AUGGCAACAGCUGCUGCAAAUGGCGGAGGCCCAGCCCCCGUGGUGACACCACAAGAGUCGAGAAAUGCUGCACAUAGGGGAAAAUCGAGAACGACGAUUCCAGCACAAUCCGGAAAUUGGAUUUUAGGCAAGACAAUUGGUCAGGGCAGUAUGGGCAAAGUUAAGCUGGCAAGGCAAGCGGAAGGCGGCGAGCAGGUUGCGGUCAAAAUCGUCCCACGAGGAUCCACAGAUGAUAACCACAAUCAGAGUCGAGCUGAUAGAGAACGAGCCGAUCAUUCGAAAGAAGUUCGCACAGCCCGAGAAGCUGCUAUUGUUACCCUUUUAAACCACCCCUACAUCUGCGGCAUGAGGGAUGUUGUGCGUACGACUUAUCAUUGGUAUAUGCUGUUUGAAUAUGUCAACGGAGGACAGAUGCUUGAUUAUAUUAUAUCUCAUGGGAGAUUGAAGGAAAAGCAAGCUCGGAAGUUCAGCAGACAGAUCGCCAGCGCUUUGGACUAUUGUCAUCGGAAUAGCAUCGUUCACAGAGAUUUGAAGAUCGAAAACAUCCUGAUUAGCAAGACUGGAGAUAUCAAGAUUAUUGAUUUCGGCUUGAGUAAUUUAUUCGCACCACGAAACCAUCUAAAGACUUUCUGCGGUAGUCUUUAUUUCGCGGCUCCGGAAUUGUUGCAAGCAAAGGCAUAUACAGGACCUGAGGUUGAUGUUUGGAGUUUUGGUAUCGUCUUGUAUGUCUUGGUCUGCGGCAAGGUACCUUUUGAUGAUCAAAGUAUGCCGGCAUUGCAUGCAAAGAUUAAGAGAGGGAUUGUAGAUUAUCCUAAUUGGCUAAGUCCAGAAUGUAAGCAUCUUAUAUCAAGGAUGCUUGUCACGGAUCCAAAGCAACGUGCGACGCUACAGGAAAUCAUGACCCAUCAGUGGAUGAUAAAACAAUACGGCAGUCCACCUGAAAACUAUCUACCAGUCCGAGAACCCCUUACACUUCCUCUUGAUGACGAUAUCAUCAACAGUAUGACUGGCUUUGAUUUUGGCCCACCCGAGCUGAUCAAGCAGCAAUUAACUGAUGUGAUCAAGUCCGCUGAAUAUGGUCAUGCUGUACGUUUGGCAAUGCAGGAACGAGAAAAUUCGGGUCCUCCUCGUGAUGCUGAGAAGAAGAGAGGAGUAUUCGACUUUUACAAAAGAAGGAAUUCUACUACGAGCCGAGAUACCUUGACGGCGCCGAGCGCAGAACUGCUUCAACUUGGCAAUGACCCAUGCAAUGCCUAUCACCCUCUUAUAUCCGUAUAUUACCUUGUUAAGGAGAAACGUGAGCGUGAUGCACUUGAAGCCAACCCGGGUGCAACCUCGAUGCCACGGGCUCCAGGUGAAGCUCCCCUGCAAGUGGCAGAAAUAUCAGCACCAAAGCCAGCAUACACAAAUGCUACAGCUUAUGAGAUGCCUGGUGAGAAGGCCACAGGAGGUCGAUCGCGCCCACGUGCACGAACUCAUGGUGAGGAGGAAGUCACAGAAGGAUUGAAGAAUAUGAAGAUUGCUGGCUCUACUGGCCCUCCAUCACCGGCAAUAGUCGAGCCUGUAGAACAGACUGCCCGAAAAGAAAGUACUGCCGCUGGUAUUCUGAGAAGAUUCAGUACACGAAGACGCAAGGAUCCUCCAUCGUCUGACAAAACUGGCAAUCAUCUGGCCGUCGGAUCGCCAAAUGAGCCAUCAGCAAUCCGAAAGAGCUUCAGUGUUCGCCGGCACCGUGAGCGGGAUGGUGAGGGAUCUCUCCGAGCAAGUGGAAGUGAACGCCAACAUAGUGAUCUUCUCACUCCAAGAUCCGCUGAAAACUCGGGUGCUUCUAAACUAGGACGAUCGACGAGCGUUAACUCCGCAGAAUACAGGCGACGGGAAAAGAGACGUGGAGAAGGAGGAGUGGCAGCAGGAGUUGCCGCUUCGGAAGCAAUGCCAUCUCGUGUUACUUAUAAAGAUCCUCCUCCAACUAGUGGUUCUGACCAUUCAACGACGAAUGAAAAACCAGCUCGCGAGGGCGAAAGGGCUGGCCUGAAUCCUAGGGCCGCCACUAUGAGAGCAAAAUCGUUGGGUCAUGCAAGAAGAGAAAGUAUACAAGCUAGACGAGCUCGAAGGGAGGAAGCUAGGGAAGCAAAUGUACCGGAGGAGACUGAUGUUGAAAUGGGCGACGCUAGUGGUCUCUCAACUGAACGAGUCGACACCGCAGAAAAUGUCAAACCCGUCUUUCUGAAAGGGUUGUUCAGCGUAUCUACCACAUCAACCAAACCCGUUCAAGCUAUACGCAUGGAUAUAAUCAGAGUACUGAAGCUUCUCGGAGUUGACUAUACAGAAAUACGAGGCGGUUUUAGUUGUCAGCAUACCCCUAGUAUUGACUUGAAGAAGGUUGUCGAUGUACCUCCUAGCAGCCACGGCAAUCAUACUCCAGGGCAUAAAAGGAAGAUCAGUUUCGGAGGUUUCAUGGGAGGUGGUAACAGUGCGGAAAGAGAUCGUGAGGAUUUCCGAGAAGCAGAAAGGUCACCUCAGAACCCAAGAACACCACGCAGGGCUCGUGGCCCUGAAAAUAGCUACUCAAAUUCAGAUGCGUCUGAUGAAAGUGUUACCAGACAAGGUGAUUCAUCAGCUCGAGCGGUGGGCGAAACCAGCACACAUGUUCAGAGUGAACUUGGUGGUAGCAUGGUUCUUGAGUUUGAGAUCUUCAUCGUCAAAGUUCCUCUUCUCUCUUUACACGGCAUUCAAUUUAAAAAGCUUCGUUCAGGAGGAACCUGGCAAUUUAAGAAUAUGGCAGAUCAAAUCCUUCGCGAGCUUCGACUAUGA